UUUUUCUUGGCGCUAGUCCCGUCACUUACAUACAUUGUCAGUAAAUCUCUACGUGGUCCUAUGCACUGAUAGUGCCUGUCAAGUGCGUUGAACUGCAAAUGAAAUGACAAAACCUAGGGUUUCUGCAAUCAUUUAAUUUUCGAUUGAAGGAAUGCCAAAGCCUCUCAAUUAUCAUCCACCAUGAAUCCAUCUUCAUGUCUCACAGAAACGGCUCCUUUCUUGAUCAAGACGACCUAUGCAUCUCCAAUUUCUAAACCGAUGUUUUCUGCUUCUACUCCUUAUGGCGUUAGAUUUCCACUCACCUCCUUGACAACUAAAUGUUCAAGAGCUGAUGUUCCUUUAGCUGCAGCAGAACCUAAACACUCCUCUUCCUCCUGUUCUUCUUCUUCUUCUUCUUCUUCUUCAUCGCCUGUAAUUGUUUCAUCUGUGCAGAACUUGCUGGCUCUAGAGGAGGGCAUAGAGAAGGCUAUUUACCGCUUCCGAUUCCUGGCUAUUCUUGGGGUUUUUGGAUCUUUGAUUGGAUCCAUUUUGUGUUUCGUCAAGGGAUGCACAUAUGUUUUCGCAUCUUUCAUGGAAUACUUCACAAACCGUGCCAAAGUGAUAAUAUUGCUAGUAGAGGCUAUAGAUGUCUAUCUCUUAGGAACAGUGAUGCUGGUAUUUGGAAUGGGUCUGUAUGAGCUCUUUGUUAGCAAUCUUGACACUGCAAAGUUUUCAUCAAGGGGAAGAAUAUCUCAUAGAUCAAAUUUAUUUGGAUUAUUCACCUUAAAGGAACGGCCGACAUGGUUAGAAAUAAAAUCAGUGAAUGAGCUGAAAACGAAGCUGGGUCAUGUAAUAGUGAUGCUUCUUCUGAUUGGUUUCUUUGAAAAAAGUAAAACAGCAAUUAUACACUCUCCCACGGAUUUACUUUGCUUCUCAGCUUCUGUCUUCCUUUGCUCUGUUUGCCUCUACAUGCUAAGUAAGCUCAGUGACUCGAAAUGAUACUUAUGUUAUUUUUCUACAUAAUGGUUUUCGAAUUUUCUCCAGAGAAAAUUGAAAGAUAAUGUGAAUAUAUGUGUGUAUAAGCUGUGUGUAUUUGUAGGGCUACAUAAAUUAAUAACAAGCAUAUCUCCUGUCUGAUAGUCUGUUCUGAAAUUCA